AUGACUUCUUCUUUUAUUGAACUCACAUCGACGACUAAAAAACCAGAGAAAAGGACAAGUCUUUCAGGGCAAACAACAGGAGGGGUGCAGGCACCGGCUCCUGCCAUGUACUGGUCUUUACCUAAUGUUUAUGGCAAGAUACCAAAACCAACAAGAGCUCAUAUUAGUGUGAUUGUAGGUGAUUUGAUGUAUGUCUUUGGAGGUACAGAUAGCAAACAUUGUUUAGGAUCUCUUUAUACUUUGGAACUAGAUACAUUCACAUGGAAUAAGCCAAAGGUAUAUGGUGAUAUACCUCCUCCUUGUCGUGCUCAUUCUGCAGUUGUGUAUGAACAAACUAUCUAUAUAUUUGGUGGUGGAGAUGGACCUGCUUAUCACAAUCAUUUUUUCGCUUUGGAUACUAGUAAUAUGACUUGGCACAAACCUUGCACUAGUGGACCUAUUCCUUCUGCUCGUCGAGCUCAUGUUGCUGUUGUAUGGAGUGAUGCAAUGUAUGUGUUUGGAGGUGGUGAUGGUGCUCAAGCUUUGAACGAUAUAUGUGUCUUGAAUUUGAAAACAAUGUGCUGGUCAGUGCUGGAAACGACCGGACCCAAGCCAAUUGCGCGUGGUUAUCAUUCUGGAACAUUGGUGGGCAGUAAGCUGGUCAUCUUUGGUGGAAGUGAUGGUCACGAAUGUUUUGGAGAUAUUCAUGCUUUUGAUCUGGAAUCACAACGAUGGCAUCCAUUCAAUAUUGAACCCCAUGUGCCUCGACUUUCACAUGCUGCUGUCUGUGUUGGAUCUUAUCUUUUUGUUACUGGCGGACAUGAUGGAUCACAUUAUUGUAAGGAUCUUCUUUUAUUGAAUUUAGUGACAAUGUCUUGGGAGGUACGCAAAGUUUAUGGAAAUGCUCCAAGUAAUCGCGGAUAUCAUACCAUGCUUCUCUAUGAUAGUCGUCUCUUCAUGUUUGGUGGCUAUGAUGGUAAGAAAUUCUUCAACGAUCUAUAUGUAUUGGAACUCUCUUCUUGUGCCUAUUUGCCCCAAAUCACGAACUUCUCCAUCGACACUAGUGUUAGUUUUUGA